UGCAAGGAAAGAGAGGGCGACUCCCCGGCGAGGAUGCUCCUGGCUCGGCGGGGGCUGGAGCUGCCGCGGGGCAUUAGGACCCGGCGGGCGCCGCGUGGAGGAGUCUGAAUCCCCUCCCGCUCCAUCCUCUGCAGCUUUAUUCCUCAUCUCCUUCAAUGGUGACUGACUACCUCCCAGCCGGAGCGCGGAGGCCUCGUUAGGCCGGUUCCCGGGAUGGCAUCUCCCAGGACCAUCACCAUCAUCGCCCUCUCGGUGGCCCUGGGGCUCUUCUUCGUCUUUAUGGGGACCAUCAAACUGACCCCUCGGCUCAGCAGAGAUGCCUACAACGAGAUGAAACGAGCAUACAAAAGCUAUGUGCGGGCCCUCCCCAUGCUAAAGAAGAUGGGAGUCAGCUCCAUCCUUCUCCGCAAGAGCAUUGGUGCCCUAGAAGUGGCAUGUGGCAUUGUCAUGACACUGGUGCCUGGUCGCCCCAAAGACGUGGCCAACUUCCUUCUGCUUCUCCUCGUGCUGGCUGUGCUCUUUUUCCACCAGCUAGUAGGGGAUCCACUCAAGCGUUAUGCCCAUGCUCUAGUCUUUGGGAUCCUGCUUACCUGUCGUCUGCUGAUUGCCCGCCAGCCUGAGGAGCAGCCCCCCGAAAAGAGGAUCCUGUCAGUGAACGGGGAUGAGCAGCCACUCAUCCACGAAGCAGCUCCUGAGAAAGGCAAAAUGAAGGUAUCCUAGUUGAGUGCAUAUGAGAAAUACGGACCCUCGAGGCAUCUCUCUCCAAAAUCACCUGCAAAAUUUGUUGUUUGUUUUUUUUUUUUAAUUUACCUAUUUAUAUUUUUUGUCUGUCUAAAUAAAGUUGCACUUGGGGUCUGAGAGACACAUGGUAUGUCUACACUGUAGUCUUGCUUUUGCUGGUGCCCUGACAUGUAGAUAAAUACAAGCUAGCUUUCAGCAGGACAGCUUGGAGGCAAUUAGCAGCCUGGCUGGAGUAGCGCUGGCCUCAGCGAGAGCUGCAAAACCAACCUGAGAGGACCGGCAAAGAUUUGGGCAGGCAGUCAUGCUAAUUCAGCACUGUGCAGUGGGGAGAUUAGUCCCAGAGUAUCAGCCCCAAGCCCUGUGCCAGCUGAAACCCAGCCUGGAUGCAAUUCUGCUACAUGGCAGUCUUGGCAACAGCAGCUGGGCAGAACAUAACCAGUGUCCCUGUGCUGGCUUGUGCAGCCUCAUCCACGAAUAUACGUUUCCUUUUCCAUAGUUAAGGCGGGAAAGGACCCUACUGAGCAUAAAAGUGCGGUUUGUUGUGUUUGAGGGAGGGAUCCUUUGUCCUUUGCUGCCUCUGUGUCCAGUCCUUUCUUUGGAGUGGCUAUCUAGGGAAAACAUGGGAUUUAACUAUUUACACCUUCCUGGAUUUCCACACUUUGCAGAGACUCUAAAACUGCGACAGUGGCCUGCUUCGCAAGAGGCAAUAAUAUCUCCUUACCCCUCUUGGCAGAGAGUAAGGAUCCCUGGUGAGGGGAUGGAGAGCAGAACUGCCCAAAGAACUCCAAAAUACCUGUCUGCUGUUGGCAAAUAGCAUCAUGCUCCCUAUUUCCUUGCAAGGAAAAAAAAAAUAAUCCCUUUUCCCGUAUCUACUGAAACUGUAUAGAAUUGUCAGUUAUUGCUGAUAGAUGAGGGUCCCAACUUGUCCGUGUACCUCACUGUUCAUCCUGCAUAUGGCUUUGGUGAGCUGGGGGAAGUCCUCUCACCAGAGCCUGAAUCCCUGUGUGUUGUGUUUGAAAUCUUACAGAGCAUCAGAAGAAGCACGUGUUACCUCUGAGUUUGUUUUUCUUGAUGUUUGUCUGUUUUCACCUUUUCCUUAUUUUCUUAAUUAUUCAUGAAAAUAAACUUUUUGAAAUUUGGAGAAAAAUGUCUUGACAGAAACAAAUUUCUUUCUUGAGAGAAGGCUCUGAAAAUAUUUUUCCUGUGCUCAAACACUGCACUUCACAUUGGCAGCACGGUGUCAGGGGAAUGUCAGAGAAAGACAAGGUGAUGCACAAUGGAAGCCAUCUGAACCCUGCUGGGCCAGAUAUUAACAACCACAGGCAUUUAAAAGAGGUGUUUGAACAUUUUUGUGAAACAGUCUCAGAUGAAUUUCUGCGUCAGUACAACACGACAGUGAAAGAAGAUAUUAAAACUCCAGUAAAAUAUCAGUAUUUUCUCUCCAUAGAAUAAAAUGAUGGGAUACUCAUGUGCAGUACACCCAGUUUUCUUCUUAUGUUAAGUUUGCUGCUGAAACAGGUGCAGUCCCAAGUAUAUACGUGUAUAUAUAUAUAUGCUGAAAAGUCCUCCUCCCAGAGCCCCAAAGAGUGCCUAAUUAUCAGAUGUGCGCCCUGAACAAAGGAAAUUACCAACAGUCCACCUCUGAUAGACAAUCUCUUGUCUUUACAGACUAACCCAAGGUCAUCCUGAAUGUAUAUAGUAUUUGCUUUACUCCCCUAAAGAUAUCUACCAUGCCCUGACUGGAGUUAUUAAUCACUUUUUCAUCCAAAACCAAAUAAAAGUACCACUGACUCACAACCACACGGUGGUGUGUGUUCCUACACAAAGUACUCACAACUACGUUGCCGCAGACUUUUGCUCAGCAGCCUCUCGCAUGUUCAUCUA